UCCACUCAACUGGCAACUUUCAGCUCCUGGCUGCUGGGAGGGAGGAGGUGGCUUUCUGUGCUGGAGGGAAAGGCAGCUGAGACUCAGACUCAGUCUAUUACAAUGACCCCACUGGGCUUCCUGCUGUUUAUCACUGUGGUCACCAGAGCUUGGAGUGAAGAGAAGGUCAAUACUUCCUACAAGGAUUGUACCUGUUCUUCUUGGUCUCCAUCUCAGUCCAGAAGCUGCAAGGAAAUCAAAGCAAAGUGCCCCAAUGCACGUGACGGCCUAUAUUUCCUGCGUACUGAGAAUGGUGUCGUCUACCAGACCUUCUGUGACAUGACCACUGAGGGUGGUGGCUGGACCCUGGUGGCCAGUGUCCACGAGAACAACAUGGCUGGGAAGUGCACAGUGGGCGAUCGCUGGUCCAGUCAGCAGGGCAACAGAGCAGACUACCCAGAGGGGGAUGACAACUGGGCAAAUUACAACACCUUUGGGUCUGCAGAGGCGGCUACAAGUGAUGACUACAAGAACCCUGGCUAUUAUGACAUCCAGGCCAAGGAUCUGGGCAUCUGGCAUGUGCCCAACAAGUCUCCCCUGAAACAGUGGAGGACCAGGUCCCUGCUGAGAUACCGCACCAAAACAGGCUUCUUCGAGGGACUAGGACACAAUCUGUUUGGCCUCUACCAGAAAUACCCAGUGAAAUAUGGAGCAGGAACUUGUCAGACUGACAACGGCCCGGCUAUCCCUGUGGUCUAUGAUUUUGGUGAUGUCCAGAAAACAGCAUCUUAUUACUCACCUGGUGGCCAGCAGCAAUUCACUGCAGGAUUUGUUCAGUUCAGGGUAUUUAAUAAUGAGAGAGCAGCCAAUGCCUUGUGUGCUGGAAUGAAGGUCACCGGAUGUGACACUGAGCACGUGAGUCUCUGUGGGACCAAAGGUUCCAUAAGGUUGAGUGUAUCAUUGAGUGCUGUAUGUGUGUUGAGUGUGGUGUGGCUGUGGUGUGAGUGUGGGUAUGUGUGUGGGGGACAUUUCCUUGCUCAUUGUUGGGAGAGCUGUGGGACCCUUUAUGGAGGUACAGACAUCCUGUACCUUUGGGGAACAACAUCGGAGUCUGAGGCUUCCAAAGAACCACUGCUGGGUGCUCAGCCUUCGGGAUGACACAUGCAGUUGCCUGGAGCUGGGGUGAGGCUCCUAUGCACAAACAUUCUGUGGGAGCCUUUAAGAGCUGCGAUUCUUGAAGAAACACAUAGUGGUGUCUUUCUUCAACUGUGGCUCAGCUCCCAGGGAAAAACUG